GGAGGGGAGGGAGAGAAGAGUGCAUUUGCUCACUCAUCGAAUGCGGUGGGGGUGACGCCGGAACUGUUGGGGGCGGCGUUGGAGAUGGCGGGAUUAGAGACUUGACGUCCUUGCGAUUUGCAGUUUCCGGAAUUCCGGAAGUUGGCUUUUUUUCUUUUUUUCUUUUUCCCGUUUUCCAAUUGGAUCCUUCUUGUUUUAGCCCUGUUCGAUCGGCGGACCCACGGAGGAGUUGCAUCUGAGCUGAUUACAGCUCCGCCAAAGUGGAGUGUUGCCGGUUGCUCAGGGUUGAUUCACCAUUUUCACCCCCCCAUUCUUGGUCUCUACAACGGUGAUGAUUCAGAUGAAUGUUGGCAGAUUUAAUUAAUGUACUGGAGAAAGAUGUCCUUUAAAAGCAUAAUCCGGGAGCUGAAGGAGCUAAAAGAUGGGAUUGGAAGCAUAUCAAGGAGAGGAGGGGAAAGCAGGCAUUGGCCUAGCAGGUCUAAAUCACAUGUUGUUCCUGAUCAAGCUCCACCUGAACCUGAGGUCUUCGAACAGAGCCCAUGGGCAAAUCUGCCACCGGAAUUGCUUUUGGACAUCAUCCAGAGGAUAGAAGAGAGUGAGACAAGCUGGCCUGCUCGGACUGCAGUCAUCUUUAGUGCUUUGGUUUGUAGGUCCUGGAGGAAAAUUACCAAGGAUAUUGUCAAAACUCCCGAGCAAUGUGGAAGGCUUACAUUUCCCAUCUCAUUGAAGCAGCCGGGUCCCCGUGAGUCCCCCAUACAAUGCUAUAUAAGAAGGGACAGAGCAACUUCUACAUUUCUUUUGUUCCAUGGUCUGGUUCCAUCUGAGGGUGAGAAAGAUAAAUUGCUGUUAGCAGCGAGGAAGAUAAGAAAGGCAACAUGCACGGACUUUGUAAUAUCUUUGGUUGCAAAUGAUUUUUCACGGGCCAGCAACACAUUUGUUGGUAAAGUGAGGUCAAAUUUUUUGGGUACCAAGUUCACCAUUUAUGACAGUCAGCCUCCAUGUGAGUCAGUAAUUCAACCAUUCAGUCGAUCUACUCGCAGAUUCCACACAAAGCAGGUUUCUCCAAGGUUGCCUGCAUGUAGCUACAAUGUAAGCAGCAUCACCUAUGAGCUCAACGUACUACGCACAAGAGGGCCAAGGAGAAUGCAUUGCACUAUGCACUCAAUUCCAAUCUCUGCUAUUCAGGAGGGAGGCACUGCCCCAACACCGUUAUCAUUUGCAAACUCCUUCAAUGAGCUACGUUUUUCCAUACCAGGUUCAAAAGGAAAGGAAUCUGUUGCAGGUACCAGCUCCACAAGUUUCCCAGCCACACCAGUAUUCUCCCCAGCCUCUGGAGAGCCACUAAUCCUCAGAAACAAAGCUCCUAGGUGGCAUGAGCAACUACAGUGCUGGUGCCUUAAUUUCAAGGGUCGUGUUACUGUGGCAUCUGUGAAGAAUUUCCAGCUUGUUGCUGCUGUUGACCAAUCACCUAAUGUUACCUCCGAAGAGCAAGAAAAAGUAAUCUUACAAUUUGGAAAGAUUGGAAAGGACAUCUUCACCAUGGACUAUCAAUAUCCACUAUCAGCUUUCCAAGCCUUUGCAAUUUGCCUGAGCAGCUUUGACACCAAACCAGCCUGUGAAUGACAAACAACUUGGUGUAGAAUGGAGAUACAUAUUACUGACAUUGCCAUGGAAUAUGGUCAACCUCGAUCCAAACAAGCCUGCCAAUGAUAACCUACAUACCACUCUCUCCUUGAAUGCUUCCUGUACUUUGCUGGUAUUUAUAUGUUCUAAUGGAAGCUUAUUUCGUUUUUUGUUUAGCAUGGUCAUUCACUACUAAAUCUAAGAUGUUAUGAUCGGAGAUUUCAACUUGCAUGUUUGUUCAAUCAAUUUGGCAUUAUUGG